CCUUGGAUCGGCGGUACGCGACGUCCCGGCGGCGGCGGCGACGGAGCUUAGGAACCGGCUGCGGCGACGGCGACGACAACUCCUCUCGUCUGAACGGGUGCGUACAUCCUCCCCUUAGGGCGCCGAUAUGUUUGCGACGGCGGCGCGGUGGGCGGCGAAGAAGGGGAAGCCCAAGAUGGCGCCGAUCGAGCUCACGACGGCGCCGGAGCAGGCGCAGUCCAUCACCCGCACCAUCUUCGACGUCGUCAAGGAGCACGGCCCCCUCACCAUCUCCGACGUUUGGGAGCACGUCAAGGACGUAGGGCUGAGGGGUUUGACAAGCAAGAGGCAGAUGAAGAUCAUGCUGCGGUGGAUGAGGGAGAAGCAGAAGCUCAGGCUCAUCUGCGACCAUGACGGACCUCACAAACAGUUCCUCUACACGACAUGGUUCACCAACCCCAAGAACGCGCCUCAGAGGCCCAAGAGGGAGCUCAACAGGGAGCAACACAAGCCAUGACCGCACUCAUGUUGACCAAUGUAGGGCAUAUUUGGUUUACACCUUUCUACUGCUUUUUCCUGGAUCUGUAGACAAAGCUGUUAAUCAAAUGUGGUGCUUAUAGCUGAAAUACUGUGAACGGUGCCAGAUUGUGAAUUAUGCAUAAAUAAAUAACCCCAAACAGUUUUUUUUUUCCGUUGCACUUCUGUUUUUGCCUUUUUGGUGCUUCUUCCUGAAACUGGUGUUGGUGUUCUGAAGAACUUUGGCCUCGGCCUUCUCCAAUUGAAAUUAAUGUGGCAAGAACCUUGCUUUAAAUGAUGGGGUUAUAUCUGAUUAUCGCAUCUUUAACCAUUUGCAGGUCAUGUAUUCAGUAGAACAGCAUAAAAAGUAUGUAAUGUCUGAUGAAAAUCAUAGUAAUUAGUAACUUCAAAAUAAUUUUCAGUAAUUGACACAUGUUAGUUUCCAGAGCUGCAAUGCUCUAUAUUGCAUUGCAAUUUCAGUAUAUAAAAGUUUAGUGGCAUAAACAACCUGCAUAACAGAGACCAAAAACUAAUUUCGUAAUAUCAGUUUCAUAUACUCAAACAUACUCGUUCUACAUAUAUGCACUCACAUGACCUUCCAAAUGUCUUGAUUAUUUGCAGAACGUUCUUUUUGUCAGAGUUGGUGUUUUUUUCUGUCGACAGCUAGUUGUGAUAUUAUAUGUUAUCAAGAAGUAUCAACCCAGAAAAUGCACUUUCUUUGACAAGAGUACUGAAGCCUGGAGUUAUUCCAGGAGAUGCAGCAGCUCAAUUCGUUUGGGGUCAGAAUCAAUGCGGUUGAUGCAGCCAAGGAAAAGAAGGGCAGAUAUCCUGAACGAGGGUUCUAAUCCAGAUUAUGUGGCGGCUGAUGCUAGACCACCUGUGGUCAACAAAGAAAUGAGCAGUACAACUCUGUUUGGGGCCAAUAACCUGAAGGAGGGUUCUAAUCCAGAUUAUGUGGGACCUGGUUGGCAAGCGUCUCGUACUAAGCGAGCUUCGGAGGAAAGAUGCCAAGGCACUGCCUUGUCAAGACCUGAGGUGUUCCGUCAAGUUGGACAACUAGGAUCGCAUCAAGGGAAACAAGCUCUCACUGCUAAGAACUAACUGGUCAGGACAGUCUUGUCUCAUCAACAUGUCUGUUUUUCUUACAAGAUUUAUUGUUAUUAGCGCACGAACAUACUGGUUAUUUUCGAUUGGUAAUGAUGUAGUAACUUGGAGUAUUGAAAUUGCUUGGCUGCCUGAGUACAAUGAAUUGUAGCCUAUGCCACCAUUGUUGUUUCUCAUGUUCUUGUUAAGAUGCAGGCAGUAGCUUGUGUAUCUUGCAGCAAAUGCUGUAGCAUGUUUCCCAUAUUCCA